CCAGAUUUCGGUCACUAGCUAGAGAGCAUAUGGAUCGGAGGCUAUUUCAAGCAGCCUGGAAUGGAGAUGUUGAUCAUCUGCUUAGAGAGAUCGACACCAAUCCAUCUAUUCUUCAUGUCAUGUCACUGGAGGGUGGGGAAACUCCAUUACACAUUGCUUGUUUGGCAGGACAUCUGAACUUCGUUGCUACAGUUGUCAAACUUAGGCAAAAAUCUUUGAGGGAGCUUAACCUAGAGGGUUAUUGCCCUUUGCACAUUGCAGCAGCCUGUGGGCAUGCUGAUAUUGUGAAGGAGCUUCUCACCGUUGACCUCAGUUUGUGUUGGAUGAAAGGAAAAGACAGAAGAAUUCCUCUUCAUUUGGCUGUGAUCAAAGGUAACGUUGGAGUUGUUAGAGAUUUGCUUUUGGCAAGUGUGGAUUCUGUUGAAUGCACUACUGCGCAAGGUGAGACUUCCCUACAUCUAGCGGUGAAGAAUAACCAAAUCGAAGUUCUUCAAGUCUUGGUAGAGCAUCUGAAGCAAGUCAACAAGGAAAAUCUUCUGAACUUUAAGGAUAUUCACGGGAAUACGGUCUUGCACCAUGCCGUGUCCAGGAAGCAAUAUGAGGUCGUUGACUUUCUACUAAAUGGGCAAGUUACUAGCAAAGAAAAGAUGGAGUUAAAUUCCUUAAACAAGAGCGGUUUGACUCCUCUUGAUAUGCUGCUAAUAUUUCAUAGUGAAGCCGGUGAUCGAGAGCUCGAAGAGAUUAUGGUUCGAUCUGGAGCAAUAAAAGGAGAAAUUCUACGAUCUGUAGCAUAUGCAUGGGAAGAAAGACAUCAUACUCAUACAAGACCUGAAAACAAUCGAUCUCCAGCUAGAAACUUGUUAGACUACUUCAAGUACAAUAACCUUAAAGACUCCCCUAGCAUAGUAAGAAAUACCUUGCUAGUGAUAAUUAUACUUAUUACGACUGCAACCUAUCAGCCUACACUUAAUCCUCCAGGAGGCAUUUGGCAGGAUGAUUCCUAUCCAUCCGCAGGAAAUAUUACCUUAUCAUGUGCGACAAAUAACACUACUGCUAAUAAAUCACAUACUGCUGGAAGAGCUAUUAUGGGUACCCAUAACCCGGUAGCCUACUGUAUAUUUCUGUUUGCUAAUUCCAUCGGGUUCCACACAUCGAUGUACAUGAUUUACGUACUCACGGCAGCUUUCCCUUUGCGGUUGGAACUGCAGAUUUCAAUGUUUGCACUCGCUACAACCUACAGCAUUUGCAUGAGCGCAAUUAGCCCGAAUAAUCUGGUAGCAUUUACUUUUAUGGGCAUCAAUUUGUGUCUGCAAUUCAUGAUACCAAUUACGACGAAGUUGUUGAGAAACUAUUUUGAGAAACUUAGAAAUGAAUCACCUUAAUUACACAACUCAAGAAUGCUUUUGAAUGGGUGCUACGGAUUUUAGCAUGCAUUUUGAUUAAUGCG